AUGGCUCCCGCCCAAAAGACUGCCAUCGUCUCCGUCUACGACAAGACGGGCCUCUUGGACCUUGCCAAGGGUCUGGUUGCCAACAAUGUCCGGAUCCUCGCCUCUGGCGGCACCUCGCGCAUGAUUCGCGAGUCUGGCUUCCCCGUUGAGGACGUCUCCGCCAUCACAAAGGCCCCCGAGAUGCUCGGCGGCCGUGUCAAGACGCUCCACCCCUCUGUCCACGCCGGCAUCCUCGCACGCGACCUCGAGUCGGACGAAAAGGACCUCGCCGACCAAAACAUCAACAAGGUCGACUACGUCGUCUGCAACCUGUACCCCUUCAAGGAGACCGUCGCUAAGCCCAACGUCAGCAUCCCCGAGGCCGUCGAGGAGGUGGACAUUGGCGGCGUCACCCUGCUGCGCGCCGCCGCCAAGAACCACAAGCGCGUCACCAUCCUCUCGGACCCGGCCGACUACGCCGGCUUCCUGACGGAGCUCGCCAAGGGCGAAAUCACCGACGCCAGCCGCAACCGCUACGCGCUCAAGGCCUUUGAGCACACGGCCGACUAUGACACCGCCAUUGCCGACUUCUUCCGCAAGGAGUACGCCGGCGCCGGCGACCAGUACCUGCCGCUGCGCUACGGCGCCAACCCGCACCAGAAGCCCGCCGCCGCCUUUGUCAGCGGCCGCCGCCUGCCCUUCCGCGCCCUUUGCGGCGCCCCCGGCUACAUCAACCUGCUCGACGCCCUCAACGCCUGGCCGCUCGUCAAGGAGCUCAAGGCCGCCACCGGCCUGCCCGCCGCCGCGAGCUUCAAGCACGUCUCGCCCGCCGGCGCCGCCAUCGGCCUGCCCCUCACCGAGGACGAGCGCAAGGUCUACAUGGUCACCGACAUUGCCGGCAUCGAGACGUCGGCCCUCGCCCAGGCGUACGCCCGCGCCCGCGGCGCCGACCGCAUGAGCAGCUUUGGCGACAUAAUUGCCCUCUCCGACGUCGUCGACGUGCCGACCGCCAGCAUCAUCUCCAAGGAGGUGUCGGACGGCGUCAUCGCGCCCGGCUACGAGGACGCGGCGCUCGCCAUCCUGCAGAAGAAAAAGGGCGGCAAGUACCUCGUGCUGCAGAUUGACGCCGACUACAGCCCCGGCCCGACGGAGACGCGCACCGUGUACGGCAUCAGCCUGCAGCAGCACCGCAACGACGUCGAGAUCUCGGCGGCCAAGAGCUUCGCCUCGAUCCUGACGCCCAAGGACGGCGUGGCCGUGCCCGACGCGGCGGCGCGCGACCUGGCCAUUGCCACCAUCACGCUCAAGUACACGCAGAGCAACUCGGUGUGCUACGCCGUCAACGGCCAGGUGAUUGGCCUCGGCGCCGGCCAGCAGUCGCGUAUCCACUGCACCCGCCUCGCCGGCGACAAGGCCGACAACUGGUGGAUGCGCUUCCACGAGCGCGUCCUCGGCAUCCAGUGGAAAAAGGGCGCCAAGCGGCCCGACAAGUCCAACGCCAUUGACCUGCUCGUCAGCGGCCAGCUGCCCAAGGACGGCCCCGAGCGCGAGGCGUUUGAGGCCGUGUUUGAGCAGGUCCCGGCCGCCUUUACGCAGGAGGAGCGCGACGCCUGGAUGAAGAAGCUGACUGGUGUUUCUGUCUCGAGCGAUGCUUUCUUCCCCUUUAUCGACAACGUCUUCCGCGCUGCUCGCUCGGGCGUCAAGUACAUUGCCGCGCCGACCGGCAGCCAGAACGACUCGGCUGUGAUCCAGACGGCUGAGACUCUGGGCAUCACGUUUGUCGAGCAGAGCAUCCGCCUCUUCCACCACUAG